UGUGAGGAAACACAUGGCUGCAGGUCUCCUAGCAGAGUGUAAUGGCUGAGUGACGUAAUACGAGCGACAGAGGUCAGAGGGACGGGAAGAACAGAGUGGAGAGACAGGGCAGAUAUCAUUUGUCCAAUCGCCAUGUCUGGUGUACGUGGUGCUGUCCAAGCCAAAUGGAUUGUAGGAAAAGUGAUUGGCACAAGUAUGACAAAAACCGCAAAAGUCAGAGUGACAAGAAUGGUGCUAGAUAACUACUUACUAAAGUAUUACAACAAGAGGAAGACCUAUUUUGCUCACGAUGCCCAGAAGCAGUGCACAGUGGGAGAUAUUGUACUGCUGAAAGGCCUACCUGAAAGGAGGAGUAAACAUGUCAGGCAUGAACUGGCUGAAAUCAUAUUCAAAGUGGGCAGAGUGGUUGACCCCUUAACUGGAAAACUGUGUGCAGGCACCAAAUUUCAAGAAAGUUUAGAGGACAUUGAUGUGAAUAGCCUUGAUGAAAGGCUUCAGAGCAUCCACCUUUCAGCAGAGUCAAGUAGUCAAGAAGAAAAGAAGGCUGAAUCCUGAAGACUUACCUCUGUGUACAAUACCCCUGUGUGUUAUGUCUAAUUGUUGUCAUUUACAAGUAAUUAAAAUAUUUUUUCCUACAGUUUAA